AUGACACAUCUCUCCGCCUCCCUGUGUUGGUGGGGAAUGUCUGCAGCAGCAUUUAAAUUCUGGCAGGUCCUGGUUGUCAGCAGCAAGAGAGAAGGCAAGGAGAGCAGCACCAUCUGGUACCAGACUCUCUUCUCAGGUCAGUGACAGUCUUCUCAGCCCGCCGCAGACCAAGGAAAAAUCCCAACCAUGAGAAUUGCAGUGGUUUGCUUCUGCCUCUUAGGCAUCGCCUACACCCUUCCAGUUAAACAUAUCGAUUCCGGCAGCUCUGAGGAAAAGCAGCUUUACCAGAAAUACCCAGAUGCUGUAGCCACAUGGCUGAAGCCUGACCCAUCUCAGAAGCAGAAUCUCCUAGCACCACAGAAUGCUGUGUCCUCUGAAGAAACCGAUGACUUAAAACAAGAGACCCUCCCAAGUGCGUCCCAUGAAAGCCAUGACCUCACAGAUGACAUGGAUGAUGACGAUGACCAUGUGGACAGCCAGGACUCCACUGACUCAACCGACUCCGAUGAUGCUGAUCAUCCUGAUGACCCUGACAAUUCUGAUGAGUCUCACCAUUCUGAUGAAUCUGACGAACUGGUCACUGAUUUUCCCACUGACCUUCCAGGGACCCCAAUUGUCACUCCAGCUCCCCCCACAAGAGACACAUAUAAUGGCCGAGGGGACAGUGUGGCUUAUGGACUGAGGUCAAAAUCUAAGAAGUUCCACAGAUCUGCAAUCCAGUAUCCUGAUGCUACAGAGGAGGACCUCACGUCACAUAUGGAAAGCGAGGAGAUGGAUGAUGCACACAAAGCCGUCCUUGUUGCCCAGGGCCUGCAAGUGGCCUCUGACUGGGACAGCCAUGGGAAGGACAGUCAGGAAACAAGCCAGCUGGAUGACCACAGUGUGGAAACCCUCAGCCGCAAGCUUUCCAAAGAAUAUAAGCUGAAGGCAAAUGAUGAGAGCCAUGAGCAUCCUGAUGUAAUUGAUAGUCAGGAAAGUUCCAAAGUCAGCCAUGAAUUCCACAGCCAAGAAUUUCAUAGCCAUGAAGAUAAGCUAGUCCCAGACCCUAAGAGUCAGGAACAAGAUAAACACCUGAAAUUUCGCAUUUCUCAUGAAUUAGAAAGUGCAUCAUCUGAAGUCAAUUAAAAAAAGAAAAAUACAGUUUCUUGCUUUUAGUUAAAAGGAACAAAUAUAGUGGGUGGGAGAGAACAUAAAAUGCUUAUAUCUCAGCUUUGUUGGUGAAUGUAUAUGUGUGUGGUUCUGGAAAUAGAUAACGUUUUUGAUCCAUAGUUUAGUGUGUGGCUUCAUGAUAACACCCUUGUAAACGAAAAGUUUCAGGGUUUAGUCUGUGUUCUUUCCAUAGAAGAAAUGCAAGCUAUCACUGCAUUUUAAUGUUUGCUAUUCUUUUAUGAAGAACAAUUUAUGUAGAAGCAAACAAAAUACUUUUACACACUUGUAAGAGAGAAUAUAAAAUUUUAUGUCACUAUCUUUUGUUUUUCAAAUUAGUGUACAUUUUGUUGUGAUUAUUUUUGCGUGAAUAAAUCUUAUAUCUGGAAUGUAA